AUGAAGAGCCUCGCAUUCCUCUGCCUUGUGGCUGUCUCCUCGGCGGUCGACGUGUACUACUACCGCAACGAAUGGUGUGGCGGAACUCCUGUCGGUGGCCGCACGUUAGCCUGUGGAAGGAAUCAAGUGCCUCUCUCGCCUUCCAUUGGCGGCUUUGAUCUCCGCUAUACAAAUAGUAUUGUCGUUGAGUUUUAUGAUCGACGGGAUUGCACUGGUGGUCCCUGGUUCACUGAUGAUGGCAAGGGAGGGUGCGUGAAGGAUAAGCAAGCUAGGACAAACUGUCUCAACGUUCGUUGCUAG